GGUCGUUUGUUGGCCACUGAAUCGACGCGCAUUCUCGAUGAUGCAGCUCGUAGACGUCGUCUCAGAAAACAGCUGGAUGCUUUGGAGCAGGAUAAUUUUCAUGAAGAUCCGCAUGCACAAUUGCAAUGGCACAAGAACAUACCGAAAUUUGAUGAUGAACAGGUAAACACUCAGGGGGCAAGCCGAAAAAGAGUCAGCGCGGAUAAUGCU